AUGAAGAAUCACUCUGUAAUAUUUAUUGAUAACCACUGGUCAGACGAUUAUAGUGGGAAAAAAAGAUAUCCAAAUAGUUCAAUAGGUUGCAUUGUCAACUACUUCACUGUACCUCCUCACGUUCUGCCGAAAAGGAUCGCUUUAGCGUUCACACCACCCAUACUGGGCGAUAGUUCUAGACGUGUAUAUGUCGACUUUGUAGGACCAUGCCUCGCAAUCCUGACUCUGGCCGGUAUCUUGCAUUACGGCCAUGCGUACAAGGUGCAGUCCGCUGCUUUGAAUGUCUCUCCGACUGAAGUUCUGCUGUAUUAUUGUGCGUCCCUGCCUCUGAUCACAUUUUUCCUGGCCAAGCUAGGUCGAGCUGCAUUAGGCUUUACAGAAAUAGCGGCAUUGCUCGGCUACGGCCUGUACGGGCACAUUCUCACCCUUGCCGUUUCCCAGUUGUUCGACCACGAGCGAAGCAACACUGUGUUUUUUGUUAACCUUCUCAUCUUUGGAGGGUUGAGUGGGCUGCGUAUCGCGUUGGUGUUGCUGGCGUCGAUACCUCGUCCAGCAUCCCGGCUGCUUAUAUGCAGUGUUGCCACAACUGCACAUGUGAUGUUUGCUGUGUUUGUACACUUUGCCUACAUGCACUCGACAUUCGUCUAUGGCUCUGGGCCAGUAGUGAGGCAGAGGUUAUAAAUAUUUAGCACAGUUACUGAAGCUUAUUUUGUGAAUUAAUCAUUUAGUUUUCAAAUUAUUUUAGAAUGUUUUUCUUUAGUGUGUAACAUAGGAAUUAAAAAUUUUCUUAAUAUCACUUUCCUAAGAAUCAAUUUACUGGAUGGAAUUAGAAUUAUAGUAUUUGUAGAAAUAUGUGUGAAUUAAUUUCAUUAUUGUUUUUGAAACUUGAAUAUUUGCUCCAAAUACUGCAUUGUUAAAUGUAUUGUGAAUAAAUGUUUUGUAGGGAGUGUGCCUUACAUGGGGUUA